AAACUAACAGAUGAUCAGUCACAUCAUCAGAUACUAUGAACAGAUCCUAAAUAACAGAGACUAUAAACUGUAAUUAACCAAGAGCUUAAAAUGCUACAAAUUAUUCUGCUUCUCCUGCUUGAUGUCCUCAGUACUGACUCUGAAUGGAACGUGCAAAUUCCUUAUUCAAUCUGUGGAGUGCGAGGAUCCAAUGUCUCUAUUCCCUGUAAUUUUACAUAUCCAAAUAACCAGCAGCUACAAGUCACACAAAUGCUAUGGUGCUCUAAGAAACAACAUGAGAAAUGUGACACAGAUGGGCCGUAUGUUUAUAACAGUGCAUACAUACACAACCAAAGCAACUAUAAGUACAUUGGAAAUAACAUUUCAAACUGUUGUUUGAUGAUCAGUGACAUUAAUUCAAUAAAUUCUGGAGAAUAUUUAUUCAGAUUUAAAACCAAUUUGGAAUCUGGACUUUUUACAAGUAAUCAUGGGGUAGAUGUUACAAUCAAAGAUUUAAAUGUAUCCAUGAGCAGGUCAAGAGACAAUGGAAGCAUAACAGUUGGCGAGUCUUUGAAUUUGACAUGCACAGUCUCCUGUCCUGGUCAUUCACCAGAGCUUCAAUGGUUUAAAGAUAAUGAGCCAACAAAAAAUUCAGGCCCCAUCCUCACCUUAAAAAGUGUAAAUCAUAAAGACUCUGGAAAUUACUCCUGUGCUUUAAAAAACUUUAAAUCAAGUGAAUCAGAACAAAUCAGUCUUUAUGUUGAAGGAACAGAUUCUGUCUCUUCAGACAUCUCUGGGUCCACAACUUAUUUUUGGGUAAUUGGAGUGUGCUGUUUAAUCUCAAUUAUUCUCACUGUUGUGGCUGUGACACUCAUAUCAAGAAGGAGAGCAAAAAUUCAGGAGAUGCCGCAGAAGGAAGGAAAAACAGCACAGGUCAACACAGUCACACACACAGUUCAAACAAAUCUACAGAGAACAGAGGAUGUGCUGCAUGAGGAGGAAGUGCAAUACGCUUCUCUUAACAUCAAACCCAAAGUGUGGGCCAACACCGAGCAACAAAAUGAAGAUUCAACCAUCUAUAGUGCAGUGAGGGUUCCUGAAGAUAAAGGAGAAAUGUGAACAAAUCCAACAUACAGUUUAAUUCCUUUAAAUCUCCCAAUUUAUUUAGAGGUUCAUGUAAAUAUGUUUACUAAAGUAAUCUGAACGAAUGGCAAAGCAUCUCUAAAUGUACUAUGAUGACUAUAAAAGUAUACAACUUGACUACUAAACUGCAAAAAAUGGUGAAAUAUUAUUAAAUAUGCUUUAA